CCUGUUGUAUGUGGAAUUGUACUUAAGGCCCCUAUUGUUUGUUUUGGGCCUUUGGUUCUCAUUGGUUGGGAUUGCUCUUAUAGUGUGAAUUUAAAUAUGCACAUUUCCAAUGGAUUCACCAUUUGAUGCAGAAACCUGUACAUCAGUGCCACAAAUGAGGAGUAUGAGUUACUUUUUAAACUCUGCAUAAUUACCAUAGGAAUGCUAGUGGUAACUGAGUAUACUUGGGUUUUCAGUUCUAGUAAGUGGGAUAGUUAGUCCAUAAUCCAGGCCAUUAAUCUGUUGCACCCCAUUAUAGAUGGAGAUGGCCCCAAGAUAAUUUUGACUCUAGGAUAUAAAACAUCAAUGGUCUAUAUUACCAAACCACUGGUCCCACUUGUCAUAAUUGGAAACACCUGUAUACAAGUGUGGCCCAUGGUUUGGCAAACCUUUGAUUUGUGUUUCAUCUCAGCAUGGUUGGAUUGAAACACAAAAAUCUUCUUGAUAAGACUAGUAUAACCUUCCAUUUGUGGCCAUAUGCGCCGGCUAGAGGGUAAAUAAAAUAACAGUCCCCAUUUAACUAAGAAAGUGUUUGGGGCAUAACUUUUCUGUAUGAUGAUAUUCAUUGUAGAAUGAAUCGAUUCAUACUGUAAAUUUGAGUCCAUACUCAUCUUUUGAUUUUUAGGUUGCAAAUGGAUUAUCACCACUACUAAAACUUUAUCCAAGUAGAAUCUUCCAAAAUUACUAGGGAAUUGAUUUGGUUUUGUUUUGGAUUUUUGAGUUUCUAAGUCCAAUUGCAUAAUCCAAUGCAAUCAUUCCAUUUAUGUUUUUUUUUUUUUAAAAAAAAUUAAUUUUUUUAAAAAAAUUUCACAAUGAUUGAUUGCUUUUAUUUGACUGGACGUUGAAAAGGGAACUAAUGACCUAUAACUGGUUGUAGUUUACCUAACAUAUAAUCUACUUUUACAAGCAUUUUCUGCCAGGGUCCAAUUGGAAACAAAAUUCAUGAGGCAUGAAAAAAUGGGUUGUAGCAUACAACUGGUUGAAAAUGUAAAGAUUUUUCUUUUGUGGAUUUCUAUCAAGUGAUCAACUAGCUAUAGGGAAGGAAACUUGUUUCUGUCUGGGAAUGGGCACCAACAUGUACCCAUCAUCAGCUUUACUAGGACAGAACAAGGAUGAGUCAAUUGCUGCUUUGCCAAUCGAUGAGCUGAUAGAGAAGGCUGAUGGUUUUGCUAAUGUUUUCCCUGGUAUUUGCUCAUGGCAUCAAGACUGUUCGUUCUUUUCUCUGUAUUCUUUGUGCGUGCGCACACGCACAUGUCUAAUUCCAUACGUGGGUGGGUUUUUGUGUGCGUUCUGUAUUUGUUAUCCACUAUGUCUGACUGAGCAUUUAUUGAAUGUUUAUAAUGCAAAAUUGAAGGGGACUAAUGGUACUACGAAAGAAAGUUCCAAGGUCUGGCAAACAAGAAGACUGUGCUGAUUCAGCUAGCAGGGAAAGAUCUUUCUGUUGUGCUUGCAAUGAUGAAGACAAAGAACCAAAACUGUCCUGCAAAUCUGUACCAUAGGUCAGUCAUGAAGAAGGAAUUCCGACAAAUGGCAAAGGCUGUUGUUAACCAGACUGGAGAUUUGUGGUUUGAGGGUCGUGAGCGCAUUCGUCACACACGAGACUGGCUCUUACAACUUAAGGAGGUUAUAGAUGUUCCUGAAGAUAUCUUGAAAAUCAAACAAGAGAUUGAGUCUGAACUUUUUGGCGAUGAUCAGAGUACAAGUAAUUUGAGGACUUCCUCUUCUUUGCAAGGACUCACUAGAGUAUGUUUCUAAAAUUUUGGAUGUUCUUGGACAACUCCUCAU